AUGCUAGGAUCUGGUAACAAUUUGAGCAGGGGUACCAUAGGAUUAUCAUCUGAUACCCCAAAUCUGUCUCAAGUCUUAACUUUGGAGCCGAUUAGAUUAGGCAAUCAAAACUAUACUCGUUCAGGAGAGUUUAGAAGGGUUCUCGGCGUUCCUAGUAGGGCCUCAUCAGAAGAGAAUUCUUUUGGGAUGUCCCAUCCCAAACCUACUCCUCCUGUCGCAACAGAGGAGCUCAAGCACUUCAAAGAAAGUGUGCAAGAUACUUCCAGAGAGGCCGGGGAUCUUGCAAAGAAGCUAAGUGAAUCUAUUUACAAGUUGGAUAAAUAUUCGGAGAUAUUAAGUACAAAGAAACGACGGCGAAAUGAUAUACCACCUGGUGAGAGAAUGGACGCAGCAAACUUUGAUAAGGUCAGAAACCAGGUUCCAAGAACACAAGACAGUAUGGCUCAAAGAUCCGAGGAAAGAAAAAAGAUGCUUGGAUUGAACAAGCGUCCUCGUACGACAGUCGCAGAUGUGCGGGGUGAUGGUAGAGUUUCUACUCUUGCAAGGCAGCAGGUUAUAGAAAAGGGCUCUGAUUCACCACCAAGUGUUUCUGGAGAAACAGUGCGAGUAGAAGAGAAGAUCCGCAGGCCUGUUGUUGGUGAAGUAUGGGAGACAAAAAUGAAAAGAAAACGGUCUGUUGCAACUAUAGGCAACAGAGUUAUGAAUCCUGAUCAACGAGUCAUGCAGCCAAAGCCGGCAGCUGACUCUAAGUUGCGUUCUUGUGACACCCAAAAUUUCAGAUUGAAAUCUUCCACCGGGGUGAGUGGAAUUAAUAGACUUGAUUCUCCAUUUGAGCCGGACAGUCCAGGUCUGAGUGCAUUAUCCAGGCAUGAGUUGGAGACUGUUUCCCUUGCAAGGGAUCGGUCACUAAUUGCUGAACAGAGGCUUAUGGCCAAGGGGAACAAUAAGAGAAAUUUCCAGGAUGAUAGCCCCACAAACAGCUCUUCUGCAAUAUUGAAAGGAAAAGUUUCUAGGGCUCCAAGAACAGCACUUGUUAUGGGUGUUGAGUCUUCAUCCAAAGUUGAGCCGCCAUCUGGAGUAUUACAAGGUUCAUCUGCACAUGCAAUGGCUCAAUGGGUUGGGCAGAGACCUAAGAAUUCUCGAACAAGAAGAACAAAUGUAGUUUCGCCUGUCAUAAAGCAUGCUGAUAGCAAGGUUUCAGCUCAAGGUUUUGCAACAUCUGAUUUUAGUCCUAGAGCUUCCCCUGGAACGAACGGGCCACUCUCAGUUGUUGAUAGCAGCCCUUUAAGAAUGAAAAGGGAGAUGAAGAAUGCUUCAUCACCAUAUGGGCUAUCUGAAAGUGAGGACUCAGGAGCUGGAGACAACAAAACAAGAGAGCGUGCUCUUGCAAGUGGUGACUUGUUCACAACUCCUAAAACAGGUUCGCUGUUACUUCCAGUAAGGAAGAAUAAGAUUCAAACUAGUCAUAAAGGAGGUGGCGCGUGGAAGCAAGGAAAGAGUGAAAGUGUUUCGUCGUUGACGACUCCUGGCUUUCAUCCUAUGGUUAAGUCGGAGAAUCUACCAGUAGAGAAGCCUCUGCACAAUGUCAAGAUUGCUUCAGAUAAGAAUAGAAGCAAAUAUGGGCGUCCACCAGCAAAAAAGGUCAAGGAUCGUAAACCUUCUACUCGUCUUGCCUCAAAUUCAAUUUCUACUCCUUCAGAUAUCACAGGUGAUUCCGACGAUGAUCGUGAAGAUAUUUUUGCAGCAGCCAAUUCAGCACGGAAGGCAGCGAAUCUUGCUUGUUCUGGUAAGUUUUGGAAGAAGAUGGACCACAUCUUUGCUGCCGUCAAUGCUGAUGACAUGCAAAACAUGAAGGAUCAGCUGAAUUUUGCAAAAGAACUUGAUGAAUCUCUGUCAGAGGCAAUCUUAGAUGGCUAUAACAUCAUGGGUGUCAAAUUGCCGAAAACAUCACGUCGCCCUGGUGAGGGAAUUGUUGACUAUUUAGGUCCAGCCUCAUCAUGUAUAUCUGAUCUUUCAUUUGAGAGAUUGGACAUGAGAAAGUUGAAUGAGAGUACUCCGUUGUAUAAGAGGGUACUCUCUGCUUUAAUUGAGGAAGACGAUGGAGAAGAAGUUGUACAGUUCAAUGGAGGGAAGAAUUUGUCUCUCCAUUACGCUAGUGAUGAUUCUCACUGUGGUUCCUGUACCUAUAUUGACACUGACUUCAGAGAGAGAGACAGAAUGGAAUUUGAAGUAGAGUCAAGCGGGGAUCUUCAGACCCCCAAGGGUUACUUGUUUGACAGAUUUUCCAGUGAGAGGAGUGUGGUGUCUAAUCCUUUAAGAAAUGGUAGCAUGUCUACAUCAGUCCAUAGCAAUGAGCAUUGGAUUGGGGAUGAUGAUCUAUCACAUUCGGACGCUGCACUCGGCUGUGAAACAUAUUCGAACAGCCUGGGUCAAUUGCAAGCUAGAGAAGUGAACAUUCCCAACUUCCCAGUAUCUGACUCUCAGUAUCAGCUUAUGUCUUUGGAUGAGCGACUUCUUAUGGAACUACAGAGCAUUGGAGUGUUUCCUGAGGCAAUGCCUGAUCUAGCUGAAGAAACUAUGAGCACAGAUGUUAUGCAGUUGAAGGAAGGCAUUUAUCAGCAGAUCCGAAACAAGAAGAAAAUGUUGGAGAAGCUAAAUAUUACCAUCCAGAAGGGGAAAGAUGUUGAGAAAAGGAAAAUCGAGCAUCUUGCUAUGGACCAGCUUGUGGAAACAGCUCACCGGAAAAGAAUGGCAAGCCGUGGAAGUAAAGCAUCUAAAGUCAACAAGGUCACAAGACAAGUGGCCCUGGCGUUCAUCAGGCGGACACUUGCCAGGUGUCGCAAGUUCGAAGAAACUGGGCUUAGCUGUUUUGCUGAUCCUGCACUUCAAGACAUCUUGUUUACUUCACCCAGCAAUGAUGCAAAGUCAUCAGAAAAUGGCGGCUCUGGAACAGCCAGUAACACGCUCAAUGAACCUUCUAAUCAUCAGGCUGAGGCCAAGGGUUCAGGUGCAGUGUCUAGUACAAAGAGGAGAGAAGCAUUGAUAGACGAUGUUAUCGGAUGUGCUUCAUCCAAAGUCACAACGAGCAUAGACAGCGCGGUUAUUAGUGGAGGAGGGGCUCGAGGGAAGAUAAGCGAGAGAGAAGACGGAUUGAGGAACAAGAACAAACCGAAACCCAAAGAGAAGAACAACAACAGCAACAACGAAAACCAAUCAAGAUCGACGACAACAACAACAACUCACCCGACAGGUCCAGCAGGCAGAGGCACCUCGAACCGAGGAGGUUCCUCUGGAGAUGGUGCAGUUGACGAGGAAGCUCCAAUUGAUUUCUCGAAGCUAGCGUUCCAUGAUCUCGAGGAGAUAGAUGAGCAGGCGGAUAUUGGAAACUGGUUCGAAGGUCUUCAGGAUAUUGAUACAGCAGGGCUUGAUGAGGUUCCUAUGGAUGAUCUCUCUUUCAUGGUUUUCCCUCGUCAUCCACGUACUCUCUUCCUCGAGUUUCUGGCUCAUAUAAGUUUACACACGAGACAAUCUCUCGCCGUUCUUUCUCUGUUUCCGAUCUUCCACAGGAGGCAAGAGUAG